AUGCCAUCGAGAACGGAGGGCACUCAAGAAAGCCGCUUGGUCAAUACGGGACCUAUCAACAAGGAAAGUGGGCUACGAAAUCGGUGGGACGGAGCGGCAGCGAAGCCGAAAAUCAGGCCGUUUCUCGCCGCGAGGCAAGAAAAGAGAGAGCGAGAGAGUAGACCAGAGAGCACGCCUAUACGAGAGAACGGGGCACGGGGAGCGGAGAGAGUGAAAGAAAAGCCUUCCUUCCAUUCUUCUCUUUCUGCUGCUUUCCCCUCCACUUUCCCUUUCUCUCCCUUCUUAUCCUUCCCCGUCCGUUUGACUUUGAGACUCCAGGCCUUGCCUGACUGA